AUGGCUAGGGGGGCGCGAGUCACAGUUAGGGCUCCACGAUUGGGUUGGGGGCUGUGGAGUUCAAGUGAAGGGUUGAGGAAUAUUAAAAAUGGAGCUCAGUCAGGGGUGCUCGGGAAAGAGGGUGAAGGUGCAGGGAGAGUGGAGCUGCUCCGCGGGGAAGAAGCUGCAAGAAAGAAGAGCAAGGCAAAGGGAGCUAGGGCUGGAAAGUGGAGGUCUGGCUGA